AUGAUCCGCUUCGUCCUUAUGGUCAACAAACAGGGCCAAACGAGACUCUCGCAAUACUACGAGUUUCUGGAGGUCUCGGAGCGCGCGGCGCUCGAAGGCGAGCUGAUUCGCAAGUGCCUCUCGCGCUCGGAGAGCCAGUGCUCGUUCCUGCAGUUCCGGCAGUACAAAGUGGUAUACCGGCGGUACGCGAGUUUGUACUUCAUUGUGGGCCUUCUGGACUCUGCGGAAGUCAACGAACUCGCCGUCUUGGAGUUAAUUCACUGUCUCGUGGAAACCCUCGACAGGUUCUUCGAAAACGUCUGCGAACUCGAUAUUAUGUUUCACCUCGAGAAGGCCCACUUCAUCCUCGCGGAGAUGGUCGCGGGCGGCUGCGUCGUCGAGACCAACAAGGCCAACAUCAUGGCCCCCAUCCACAUGCUCGAGAAGGCCCCCUAG